UCAGAGUGAGCACAUAUAUUAUUAUUAUUAUCAUUAUUAUUUUGCUAAAUAGGCAUAUUUUAUUUUCUGAAUUUUAUAAAUCUGAAAAAGAUUCUGUGUGCAAUACUGAUAGUGUAAUACUACCAAUCAAAGGCCAAUGAAUGAAGAAGCUUCUUGUCAUUUUUGUUUCUUACAAUCCUUGACCCCUUUGUUCGAUGCUUGCUAAUACUCCUCAGAGAAUCUUCCGAUCCGAGGCAUAUGUAUGCCCUAAAGAUGUGCGCAUGUGAUCUAUUCUUCGACCCAAAUAUGGGCUUUGGAGCUGGGCGUGUCAUAAUCCUGGUUUCCCAGGGAUGCUACGACAUUUACUGGCUCCACCCUUGCUUACUUUUAACUCUGGAACGCAUCACUUUUUGUCUGGUCUACAUACUCGUAGAUGACUUGUAUCAUAGAUACAAUAAGCCGCAUCAGACAGAUUUUGUAGUGGCUGCACUGCACAUAAGGUUAUCAGAUGUGGAAUUCUCUGGUGAUGAUAUUUCAAGUCAGAUUGGAGUGACUUGUACCUCGCUUUCAUGUAGGAAAUGGAAAUUACAUUCAACUACAAAUACCAAUAACUUUCCCUUAGUGGAUGAAGAGAGGAAAGCAUAGGAC